CCCAUUCUCUCUGCUACCCUCACCCCCAAUUCCCCAAACAAACAUUUCUGGAUCUAACCCUAAAAGCCAUUCGGUCCGCAGCCCGUACCCAUCGCACUCUCUCCGCCUCUCACCCCUGUCAUCGUCUCUCCCUGUCUCGCACUCUCUCCGUUUCCAUUCCUCCGCCCUCUGCGCUUCCGCUCUCCGCCCUCAGCAUCUUCCGCUCUCCGCCAAGCCGGUGUCCGGCUCUCCACUCUCGGUAUACUCCGCCCUCUGCGCUUCCGCUCUCCGCCCUCAGCAUCUUCCGCUCUCCGCCAAGCCGGUGUCCGGCUCUCCACUCUCGGUAUACUCCGCUCUCCACCGUCGAUGAAUAAUCUCUCUGUAUGGUAGCAUCACCGGUUCCGCUCCACAGACAUCGGCGUCGGCGUCUACGGCUCUCUGCCCUCAUCACUUUCAUCAGUUAGUCACAUAAGGAAAGCAGAGCUCAAAAUCAUUAAAAGAUAAAGACAAAGUCAAUGCAUUAUAAGAAGUUAACAACAGGGCCUUAAGCUACCCGCCCCCGGUAGUAAAACAUAGAAAGAGAAGUCAUCGGAAAGUCUGGCUGGCUAGCUGUCGCUGACCUUCGGAGCAUUUCGGCUGCUCUUCAUCUUUGAGCAUCGGAGUCGGAGACACACGAUAAGCAGUCUUGUCGGCGAGAUUAGCGAACCAUUUUAAACCUAGUUUGUAGGACCUGUUCUAUGCUUGCUUGCGUUGUACGAUCCUAGAACGCCAUGGCCCAAUCGACCUCCCUUCUUUUACUGGGACUUGCAGGGAGAAGAAGCUUACGGAAUCUCUACCUUGCCCGUACAAGAAUCACUUAUCUGUCCUUCAAGCACAACGACACUCAACAAAGAGCAUUAUCCAAUUCGCAUUCAAUAAACGGCGAAGAUCCAAUCUUGCCCGUUCUGAUAAUCGGUGCCGGCCCAGUUGGGCUCGCUCUCUCUAUACUCCUCGCUAAAUUGGGUGUGAAAUGUGCAGUCUUGGAGAAGAGCAAGGUCUUUUCUACCCACCCUCAAGCUCACUUUAUUAACAAUCGAUCAAUGGAGGUGUUUCGCAAAAUGGAUGGCCUAGCAGAAGAGAUUCUGAGUUCUCAACCACCAGUAGAGUUUUGGAGGAAGUUCAUAUACUGUACAUCUCUCACGGGUCCUAUUCUUGGCUCAGUUGAUCAUAUGCAACCUGAAGAUUUCGAUCAUAUUGUGAGCCCUGUCUCUGUUGCACACUUCUCACAGUACAAAUUGACCAGAUUGAUGCUUAAGCAGCUAAAGGAACUUGAUUUUCAUAUCAGGAACUAUGAAGGGUUUGGCAUGAAUGAUGGCUUUAUUUCGGAGAAGCAGCUCCUUAUGGGGCAUGAGUGCACAGCAAUAAAUCCUAGCAAUCAUUUUAUUACUGUGACUGCAUCUUUCCCUGGGGAAGGAAAGUCUUCAGAGAAAAGUAUCCGGUGUCAGUUCCUUGUUGGUACAGAUGGUGCUGCAAGUACAGCCAGAAAGCUUAUGGGAAUAAAUAUGAAAGGGGAAAAGAACUUACAAAAACUUAUCAGUGUCCACUUUAUGAGCCAAGAACUGGGGCAAUAUCUCAUUAAUGAGAGACCUGGGAUGCUGUUUUUCAUAUUUAAUGAAAAAGCUAUAGGUGUUCUUGUAGCCCAUAAUCUUGAGCAGGGGGAAUUUGUGUUGCAGAUACCGUUUUAUCCACCUCAGCAAAGGCUUGAAGACUUCAGCUCUGAGAUGCAUAAAAUAAUUUACGAUUUGGUUGGUAAAGAGCUUGCAGACAUCAAAGUGAUAGACAUAAAGCCCUGGGUAAUGCAUGCUGAAGUUGCUGAGAAGUUUCUGUCCUGUGGCAACAGAAUAAUUCUUGCUGGAGAUGCUGCACACCGUUUUCCUCCUGCUGGAGGUUUUGGAAUGAAUACCGGUAUUCAAGAUGCUCAUAAUAUUGCCUGGAAAUUAGCUUUGGUUAGCAAGGGUAUUGCUCCUGCAUCAUUUCUUUCCACUUAUGAAGCAGAACGUAAACAGAUUGCAACUUUUAAUACAAUACUUAGCGUUCAAAACUUUAAAGCAGCAAUGAGAGUUCCUGCUGCACUUGGUCUUGAUCCAACUAUUGCAAAUGCAGUGCAUCAAGCUCUUAAUAACACCGUUGGUUCCAUUUUACCAUCUGGAGUACAAAAGACUAUUUUAGACGGAAUUUUUAGCAUAGGCCGUGCACAGCUUUCUGAUAUUGUUUUAAAUCCGAAUAAUCCGCUUGGAUCUGCUAGGCUUGCCAGACUAAGAGAAAUAUUUGAGGAAGGACAGAGCCUUCAGCUCCAGUUCCCAGCUGAGGAUCUUGGUUUCAGGUAUCUCAAAGGAGCAUUGGUGUCUAAUGGUGAUAAUCUGUUGCAUGAACCUGAAGCACCCACAGGACGAAGGAGGGACUUUGUGCCCUCAGCGGAUCCGGGAUCAAGGUUGCCACACAUAAAUGUUAGACCAUUUUCAAAUCCACCUAGCAAGGAAACAUUUUCUACAUUGGACCUUGUAUCAGCAGAGAAGGUCGAGUUUCUUCUCAUUAUAGCACCAGUGGACUCAUCCUACCAUUUGGCUCUAGCGGCAUUCCAGGUUGCUGAGGACUGUAAAGUUCCUUUAAAGGUAUGCGUCAUGUGGCCAGGAGAAACUAUUGCGGGAGCCAACAGAAGCAAAGCUGCAUUGUUACCUUGGGAGAAUUUCGUAGACGUUUUGGAAGUUAAGAGACCACCAAAUUCGUCGUCUUGGUGGGGUGUCUGCAAGAUGACAGACAGGGGAGCCAUUUUAGUGAGGCCCGACGAGCAUAUUGCUUGGCGCACAAAGUCGGAACUUGCUGGUGAUGCCACAACUGAGAUGAGAAAAGUUUUUCACACCAUCCUUGGAUCUCAAUGCCAGAUGAUGACUCCCUAGUCCCUCCCAAUUUUUUUUUUCUUCCAAGUAAAUAUCAUAAAUAGUUUUAUUUUCUCAUAUUACCUUUCUAAUUAAAGUUGAAAAUGUUGUGUACUUUCUAUUGGGCAAUCAAAAGAGGAAAAAUAUGUAGUUUUCCUACAAGAAAUAAGACACCUAUCUUGAGGGAUUAGUGCAUUGCCAUUUUCUUUUUCCCUAUAAAUACUUGCAAUCAUUAUACCAAUCCACCUUAUAAGGUGGACCCCGUUCAUUUUGCA